CCCACCGCCUUCGAGUACUUAUAGCCGACGUCCUGCUUGCCGCAGGUUGUCUUGCGUCCAGGGCCCUCCGAAAGUGCUUUCUCGCAGCGUCUCGUCCGCCUCAUCGUCUGCUCCACACGCACAGCCGCAACGUCGCUGGGUGCUGUCUGUGUCUCUCCUCUCCCGCUCGCUCUCGUCUCUCGCCUCGUGCCUGCUGUUCUCGCCGCGGCUGUGACUCGCCCAAUCCAGAACUCAACGAUCUCUUGAUCUGUCGUCCCAAGCCAGCCAUCGUUGCCUUCCAAGUCGCAGGAACAUACUGGCUUUGAUCCCGUCCCGGCUGCUCUCAAGACCCGGACCGCACCACUGUUUCGUCGCCAGCACCAUCUGUGCCCGCACCCCCCUUUCGCACCCCGCCUCUCAGCCAAAUCAUGCUCCGUGGCGAUGCCAAGUCGGCCGAUGAGGUCGCAUCAACCACUCCUCUGAUCGCCCAAAAGGUCACCGACGACAAUGUCCUGCAGGCCCUCGAGGAGAAGUGGACCGUCAUUGCCGAGAACGAUCGACCCGAAGACAUCAAGCCCGCGAACCUCUACGAGCGCUUCGUCUUUGCCAUGAUCCGUGAUCCCAGGGACCUCAAAGUCUUCAACUUGGCCUUCCGUGGCCUCCUCACCGUCGUUCCGUCGGCCGCAUUGCUGAUCUUCUGGCGCUUCAGCUGGAUCCAGGCUAUUGUGCACAUCUUCUUUGUUGCCUCCAUUGCCGAGAUCUACACCCUGGCUCUGCAUGUGUCUUCGCAUCGCCCCCUGUUCAAGCCGCAGUUCCAGCUCUGCAACCACAUCAUCCCCGUUGUCCUCGGCCCGUUCUUUGGACAGACCUGGUAUACCUACUACUGGCACCACGUCAAGAUGCACCAUCCCACCGACAACUCGCCUGAGGAUCUCUCGACCACCCUGUUUUACCAGCGUGACUCGCUCAUCGGCUUCCUCCACUACUUUUUGAGCUUCUACUUUGGAGGCAUGUUCACUCUGUCCAACUUCUUCUACCAGCGACGCCGCACCGAUGUUGCCAUCGGCAUCAUCUUGGGCGAGCUCGGCGUCUUUGCCCUCUACACCGUUGGCACGCUGCUGGCGCCCAGCGUCUGGUCGGCUGCCUUUGUCUUCUACAUCCCCUUCAACCUGGUUCGCUUUGGCAUGAUGCAGGGCAACUUUGUCCAGCAUGCCUUCCUGGAGCGCUCCGACCCUCUUGGUGGUGGUCGCGAGAACUCCAUCACCAUCAUUGCCUCGGACUACAACAAAAACUGCUACAACGACGGCUAUCACGCCUCCCACCACCUGAACGCCAUCCGCCACUGGACCGAGCAUCCUCGCGAGUUCAUCACCAAGCGCCUCGAGUACCACCAGGAGAAGGCCGUUGUCUUCCAGGGCACCAACUACGCCGAGGUCUGGUGGUUCCUGAUGACCAAGGACUACCAAGGCUUGGCCAAGAAGUGGGUGCACUGCGGCGACGGAACCCGCCCCAGCGACGAGAAGAUUGUGUCCCUGCUGAAGGAAAAGACCCUGCGUUUCACUCCACAGCAGCUCGAGACCAUCUACGCCAACAAGAGCAAGAAGUAGAUCGAUCUGACGCCCCAGAACAUCGAUGCGUUAGAGCUGUGGCUGGCGUUUCCCCGACCCUCUCUUGGCCCUCCCCAUCUCGGUUCUGCGCUGCCCUUUCCGUUUUCCCACUGCCUUCUUUUUCAGCCUCGCUGUCCGAUACAUGCGUGCCCUCAUGCGUGUGGGCUUGCGAUGGGCUCUUGAGUAUUUAAUCUUGCCUGCUUGCCUGCUUGCUUGCCAGAAAGCUGUUGGAUAGAGCAGCUAUGAUCCCAUGUAAAUCCAUCCUUACCACCAGCACACCCAAUUGAUGUCGAAGUUUUGACAAAAUACACCCAGCCAACGGCAAGCCGAGCACGAUCGUCCGCC